AUGGCAGAAUUUGGCUCAUUUGGGACCCAUCCAAAAUUUCCAUCUCCCUUUCUUCCUCCUCUGCCCAGUUUCUGCACACUUCCUUCUCGGACUUCCAAAGCAUUUUCACCUUUCUACUUCACAGUGGCUUAUGCUCAUAAUUGUCCUGUUCUUAGGUCCUCUUUAUGGACUGAUCUCCGAUCAAUUGCCCAUCUUACUGUGAACCAUCCUUGGGGCUUGGGAGGAGACUUCAAUGUCAUCUGGUACAGCAUAGAAAAGCAAGGUGGAGAUCAUGUGGAUUCGGAUGCUAUGGACUCCUUUAGUGAGUGUAUUGAGGAUAUUGGGGCAAAUGACCUCAGUUGGACUGGUUUUCCUCUUACUUGGUCCAACAAAAGGGCAGGUCCCAAUCGUAUUGCUUGUAAAUUGGAUAGAGUUUUAGUCAAUGAAGAGUGGCUGACCUCAUUUCCUUCUUCCCAUGCUUACUUUGAUAAUCCGGGUAUCUCUGAUCAUUCUCCUAUCUCCCUCACCAUCAAACCCUUCUCUUCUUUUGGCCCUAAACCAUUCAAGUACUUCAACAUGUGGUCCUCUCACUUUACUUUUAAGCCACUGGUUCUUGAAGCUUGGAACAAACCUGUUUUUUCCUUCUCCAACCCCCUGCUUGCUUUCUCAAAAAGACUCAAGAAUGUCAAGGCUGCUCUUAAGGCUUGGAACCUCAAUACCUUUGGGAACAUUAAUUUGCAGGUGGCAAAUUGCAAAGACAGGUUGGCCUCCAUUCAGCUUCGGUUACAUUCUGAUUUGCACAAUGGUUCCCUUGCUGUAGAAGAGAAAGAGAUCUCCUCCGAGCUUGCUUCUGUGCUUGCAAGGGAAGAGAGUUUUAUGAAGCAAAAGUCUAGAAUCAAGUGGCUAGAUCUGGGUGACUCGAAUACUGCAUACUUCCAUCGCUCUGUGAAAGCUAGAGCCAAUGCAAACUCUAUUUCUCAGCUCUAUCUCCCAGAUGGCUCUCUUGUCACUAGAGUAAAUGGCAUCAAAGACCUGGCUGUCCAGCAUUUUAAAGACUUGUUCUCUAGUCAUCAGGUGGACCACUCUCCCAUCCCUGAUCACUUGCUCAACAAGUUUGUUGACCCUGAGCUGCAUGCUUCCUUGUGUGCUAUUCCUAAAGAAGAGGAAAUGUAG